GUCGAAGCCGGUAGUGUACACUGAUUUGGCGCUCCAUCGCCAGUCAUAGACGCGCACUCGGUCGGAUCGCACGUACGAAGACUUGGUUGAUGAGUAGUUCAAAGUGCGAGGACUAUUCUACCGUUGAAGCUUUGCAAGUACUUAUAACUCCAUCAACAAGCUGACCACUUGGACAGCUGGCGUUCGAACUUUGUUUCUUCGGAGCUCGGCUCAGGGGAACCCAACCAAAACGUGUGGUAUUAAGUUUUUUGGUGUGGAGUUUGGUUGAAGGACAAGCUGCUGGUGGCGUACGAUGGAAAAGAUGAAAGCUCAUCCACCCCGUAUUCUGCCAACUUUGGAUGAUGGUGGCGCCGAUUCAUACUAGAUUUGCAUUCGAAAUGCUAUAUCGGUAGUGAAAGAUGCACCUGCUUAAAUAGAAUUGGAAAUUCGCUCGUCGAGCUUCGUGCAGAGGAAGUGAAACGUAUCAGUCAGAAUAAAAUCUGCCAGUGCAGUGGUCGCUAAAGUAGUUUAUCAGGAUGCAAUUGUAAUUGCAGCGCUAAAAUACGGUUGUGUGUGGGGCGAACUGGAUGAAAGCGGGAAACUUCGAAUCAUGCUGAUAAAUAAAAAAGUGAUGAGAAAACGUAGUUUUGAAGUGCUGGGGCGAUUAUUGAGAAAAUCAUAGAAGUUGUUGACAAGCAAUGAAUCAGUAAACUGAGUGAAAGAUAGUUGAAACGAUUUGUAACGAAUUUUAGUUUUCGAAAAACACCCUGUGUUGGUGAACGCGCGCCAAGUGAAGAGUUUUGAAACAAGGAUGUUCUCAUAAGAGGAAAAAAGUAUAAUUUACGAAUUCAAGUGCGUUUCAUUAUCAACUUCAUAAUCAAAGUGAGGAGUUUGAAAACAAAGUUUCUCGACAAAGAGGAAAAAAAUAUUUUAAAAAAAAUUUAAGUGAGUUACAACUGAUACCUCUUGCCAGCGUUUGGAUGUUCUAGUGUGCUGCGCAGUGUAACGAAAUUAACGAGAAAAAGUGUAGGUGGUGAAUAGUUGAAUUCAGUUGUGUGCAAAACUAGACCGGUAACGUGUGACCAGUGAAGUUUAGUAGUUCAGCAGAAUAUAGUACAUUUGAAAUGGAAAUCAUUUGUUUGUGAAUGCGACUAUCAGCGAUUCGUCAUGAUCGGUGUAAUUUAAUUGUUUUAGCAGAUGUUUUAAAGGUGGAGUGGAAAUGAUUAUGCUAUGGGCCCGAGUCAAGCGAAACGGGCGCCCUCUGCUGCCUGUUGGUGAAUAGCGGUGUCCUCUUCCGCACGAUGAACGAGACCCAGCUCUGGUCAGCCGACUGGUGCUUCGGAAACUAUUGGCCAACAUUUCGCUAUUUGGUAUCGUGCACCAACUACAACAACACCUGGACCUCCUACUGGGGACCGGAUAUUAUCUGCGAGUACGGCAGUACUCUUUCCGGCUCAUUUUCGGUGUCAACAAAAACGGCCACACAUCCAGCAUCUGCCGUGUUGUCCGCGACAGCAACCCGCAAUCCGCUGAGAAGUGGAACAGGCAACGGAGUACCCGGCGUUGCACUAAAAUCCAGCUCGUCGCUCAUCGAUUAUAGUUCCGCUCUCGGCGCUGUUACGGUGCAGUGCUAUCAGAACUUCAAGUGCGUGCUCAAAUCAAUUAUCAGCAGCGAUUCGUCCCGGUUCAACUCAACUUCGGUGAAAAUCCCAUGGACAGAUGCUCUGUACGAGUGCAGCCCGCUGAAAGUGAUGGACGGCGCUGACAGUCUACUGAAGGAUUGCAUCGCGAAGUAUAACACCACGGUGCUGGCGCGAAACAUUGCCAGACCGGUGUCGGAGCUGCUACUCAAGCUACCGCAGCUCUCGCUAGAGAUGCUCGCUGUGAAUGGAACCACGCAUCCCUGCAUCUCACCAACCAUCGAAGGUGGCACUAGCGAUGAGGACGGUGUUAACGCAUCCAGCCGAAUCGGCCACUACCGGCAUCAGCUAGUGUGCAACAACAGUGCCGGUCAGUUUACCUUUUACGAGAAUGAUUCGUUUGAUCUCCUAAAUUCGUCCGCCAGCGUCCUGGAACCGAUUCAGUGCUUGCUGAACGUAGAUUAUGGUGAAAUUGUGCGACAGUUGGCAGGCAUGGUUUUGGUCACAAACGGUUCGGUCAACGGUGCCAGCACUCAGAUGGCACUUGAAACCGGCCUCGCGGUGCGCUACGAAUGGAGCUUCCUGUUCGUGAUGCUGUUUAUAUUUGCGGGUGGACUCGGCAACAUCCUGGUCUGCCUCGCCGUGGCCCUUGACCGAAAGCUACAAAACGUUACCAAUUACUUUCUGCUGUCGUUGGCCAUUGCCGAUCUCCUCGUUAGCCUGUUCGUAAUGCCGCUCGGUGCCAUUCCUGGUUUUCUCGGCUACUGGCCCUUCGGCGUGACGUGGUGCAACAUCUACGUGACCUGCGAUGUGUUGGCAUGUUCCGCGAGCAUCCUGCACAUGUGCUUCAUCAGUCUGGGCCGAUAUCUGGGCAUCAGGAAUCCACUCGGAAGUCGACACCAUUCAACCAAGCGGCUGACUGGCAUCAAAAUUGCGCUGGUGUGGCUGCUGGCGAUGCUAGUUUCCAGUUCUAUUACCGUUUUAGGUAUUAUUAAUAGGAACAACAUAAUGCCCGGUCCGCGAGAGUGUGUUAUAAACAACCGGGCGUUUUUCGUGUUUGGCUCUCUAGUAGCCUUCUAUAUCCCUAUGGUGAUGAUGGUUAUUACGUACGCUCUAACGGUGCAACUUUUACGGAAGAAGGCUCGAUUUUUGGCGCAACAUCCGGAAGGGGAAUUAUUUCGAAGACUUGGCGGCCGGAUAGCUGCAUCUAAGCAAUCCUCAAUGAUGGACGGCGUAGGAUUGGCAGGCCAAGCGGACACAUCUUGUUCGAUCAGUUCCCAGGAAGCACUCGAACAGCUGCGAAGAAAUAGUUUAGAUAAUAAUAACUGCAAGCAAGCGCUACAUGGUGGAAUUAGCCCUUGGAGGCUACAUGGCACCAACCUGGACAGGAUUGGUAUCAUCUCAACGUCACAUGCUGGCGCUGUCUACAGCAACGGUGAUCCCUCCCCUCCGAACGGUGGCUCAACGGGCCGAACGAUUCUGAAACGGAGCCAAAAAUUGCUGCACCAAUAUCAUCCCCAGCACCAGCGGCCGCACAACAACCACCGCCAACAUCGCCGCCAUCAGCACCCCCUGCAGCUAGGUGGUACCUGCGAUCAAAGCACUCAGACGCCCGAAAGUAUCGAGCGGGAAACGCGACGGCAGCGAUUUCGCUCCUUUCGGCUUAACUUCAACAGCGUCCCGACGCCGAAUAUUAAUUUUAAUUUGAAGUUUUUGGCCAACAAAAAACGCAGUAACCUGUCCGCGAAUGCCGUUGCCAACGAGCAGAAAGCAACCAAGGUACUGGGACUGGUGUUUUUCACGUUUGUUUUCUGCUGGGCGCCGUUCUUCAUCCUUAACAUAAUUUUUGCGGCAUGUCCUGAAUUGAAGGUUCCCGAACGGAUCGUGAACAUUUGUCUUUGGCUGGGGUACGUUUCAUCGACGAUCAAUCCGAUUAUUUAUACAAUCUUCAACAAAACAUUCAGAGCCGCCUUCAUUCGACUGUUGCGGUGUCGUUGUGAGAGAUCGGGUCGUCCAUCGCGGUACCGGUCAGUAACGGACAACCGGGGAACGGUAAGCCUGUGCACGCCGUCCGCUCUUCCGUUGGCCAUUUCCAUGCAGGGAGCUCCCCUGCUGACGCCAUCCAGUACUCAAGUAACCCCACUCAGUGACUUUCGUGGAAGCUACGAAAUCACCGAUGACGAUUGCUAGAGUCCCUCUCAUCGUUGUACCUGUUCUAUCUAAUAGAGUGUCGGAAGAUUUGCUUUUUAUUUCGGAAAAUGGGCCAAAGGCCUAUGGUAUUCUAGACUUAUUGUGGAAAUAAUGGCAAUCGUUGAAUUAAGAAUAAUAUAGCUAGUUUAUUUAGGUGUACUCGCACAACUAAGUACAAGCGUGAAGUUUAUUCACUAGUCAGAUGUGUGGAAAGCCGCAACUUGAGCAAUACAAACAAAUCGUGUCACAAAUAACGAGCUGUACUCAAUAAUCUUAUUGUAAAAUCGAUGUUUAGAACGACAGGAUGUUAGUUAAUAAAAUGGAAUUCCCUUGAUUAGAAAGCAA